GGGUAAUGACAACGACCACCAGUUCGAAAGGGAGGGAGGGGGAGAGGGAGAGGGAGAGAGAGAGAGAGAGAAUGAAGCAGAGGACGAGGCCAUGGUAUGGCAACACAAUGUCUUCAUCGCCAUCGCCACUGUCGUUCGAGGACCAGAUGUCGUUUUUCCACCCCCUGUAUGAUGUGCAAUCUGCUCUUGGUUAUGGGGCCAAAGGCGAGGAGACAGGAAGUGGCGGGAACCGAAAUGGCAUUCGACUUCAUCCGACUAACCAAUCUCGAUCCUGCACAUCAGGAGCAGGAAGGGGUCUAAUCAGCACUGCAAACGGGGUUUUCACGCAGGACCAUCACAAUUUCAGUUCACGGCAUGGUGGAGGGGAGGGAUUCAAAAGUGUUUCAGGAGCGGAAAGGAGAGAGAAGCUGCAUGGUGUACGGAAGAUCGGCGCGUGUCGGCAACAGUACCGGGGUGGUGCGUUGCGUGGUGCGGAUGGGGACACAGAAAGCCCUUUCAAGGUUGUUCGACAGCAGGAUGGAAGUGGGGGAGGUGGAGGGGGAUUUCGAAUCGAAGGGGCUGCGGAGAAGCAUCUUAGCAGUCUGAGUGGUGGCUCGGCCAAAUGGAGGGCACACCUGCAGAACAAUGGGAUGCUAGCCCAAGUGUCGCAGGGUUCUUCUCACAUCGGAGCAGUAGCAGGGUCUGCUGUAAGCCCAUACGUUGGACAGCCGAUUUGCAAUUCCCAGAGUGGAUAUUACUAUCCCGUGUACAGAGAUAGCAUUCAAAAUGCAGUUUCUGAACCUUUCAACAUCUGCCAAGUACCGUAUUCAUCGCAUUCGAACUCAGGAGGCUAUGUUGCACCCGUUGCCCCUGUGAUGGGAAUCGGAAAUGGCGGCGGAGGGGGAGGAUUGAUGAUGGCAGCCGGGGGAACAAUUCCUGUGAGCAGGGGUGUGUUUGCAUCCCAGGGCAUGACGGAACCUCUCACAGCUAUUGCUGCGGCAAAAGCAACCUACUUGAGGGCAAAGGGGGGAGCUUGGAAGGACGGGGCUGUAGCAACAGCGGCAAAAAAGACAGGAACAAGCGGCGCAGGAGGGCCGCCACAGAGGCGGCGGCGACUGAGGGGUUGUAAGGAUGUCGGGACACAGGACAGCAUGGGGCCAGCGACUGGUCCCCGUGCGGAUGGUACCAAGGUCAGUGGGGUCAUAUCGGUGCAUGGAAAUAGCAAGAGUGCAAAGGGAGGUGGCGCCAUUACAGGUACGACCGACAAGAGGGGCCUUUCCCAGGGCAGAUAUACUUCAAAACCGAUGGAUGAUGGUGGGGUUUUGAUAAAUGCUACCCGAAACCACAGCCUAAGCAAUCUGGGUACCAGCAAACAGUCCAGUCUGAUCAGCAAAGUGGCAGCUGCAAAUGCCAUCAGGGCUCUUGGGGGUGGCGACCAUGACCCGGUUCGGCAAGCGUCUAAUGGAAAUGAUAAUGACAUGAGAGUCGUUCAGAAUUUCCAGCGAAAGAGCAUCUCUGGAGGGUCCUGCAAUUCAGAAACUUCACUUGGGACUAUUGCGGGCCAUUGUAGUCCGAGCAGUGACAAUGCAAACCAUGCCGAUUCUAGUCGUCUGCAGGGAGGAGCUUCGAGAGUGGCUUUGUCGCAAGGCGAUCUGACGGCACAGUCAUACCCUGCAGGGGUGACUGAUACUGGACCAACAGCUUUGCUACGUCAGCAACAUGCAACUACCAGCAUUUCCGACAAGUUAGGCGAUUCGAAUUCGGGUUUAGAAAGAGGGGACUUGAGUUCCAAAGACGAGGGAUUUGGCUCCAUCGCGGAGAAGCCUGUGAAAGACAUGGACGUCACUGCCGCGAACGGUGGUUUGGCUAUGUCUACUUCUGCCUCUGGUCAAGCAUUCGGAUGCAGAACUGCAGGCGGUGCCACAGACAUGGGCAGAUGUCCAGACUUGGUGAAAAGACAGAGGUCCGAGGAUCACGAUGGGUGUAGUGCGACUGGGGGCUCCGUGACAUCGGCCAUGACAAAUCACAUAAGCUGUGGAGACGUGGGUGUUGCGGGUGUGACAUUAUCUUCUCCUGCGGAGGAGAUUGCAGACGCUCCUCAGCUCCGUAUCAGCAACCCCCGAGGUGGUCAUGACUUGAACAGGACACAUGGAAGAGAGGAGGAGCAGGAAAGGGUGGGAUUUGGGUCCAUGUCCCGGGACCAAAUGGAAGAUGGCAGACAGCUUGGGGGAACUGGUGGCCUGCCGUUGCGAGAGACAGGGAGGACGGCACAGAUUGUGGAUUUCUCUUCCGUGGAGAGGUCGGGUUUUUCCCAGUUUGAGCUAAGUGGAGAUGGAGGGGCAGGUGAUGGGAACAAGAGGGUGUUGCAGUCUGGAGAUAGUGUUAUUUGUAGCGAUGAUUCCCUCGCCGACGUUGACGGCGACAAUGAGAGGGUGAAUAACAUCAUGGAGAUCGCUGACUUAAAUGCAAACUCCCUUUCAAGCUUCAACUUGGCACUGGGAAUUCCUGGAACGCUGGCUGCAAGUCAGCAGUAUCGCAACGAUCAGAGGGAUGAUAACAUGGCCUUCAACAUGAUCUCUGGGCCCAGGAAUAUGUCCAGCGCUCAGGGAGGGAAUGCAUGGUGGAGGCGAGGACAGGAACUGAUGGCUGCUUUCAAUGAACGGGAGCCAGACGGCAUGGGUGGGAGCGGCAGAAAAGAGGGCCAUGGAGAAAAGGUUUCCAUGGAAACUGGACAAGCGGUAAGAGAUGCUGAUAGGAUGUCGUCCGAAGAUCGGCAGGGAAUGACUGAUGAGACUUUGUCGACGACCUCAAUUCCAGUGACGUCUAAAGCAAACAGCAAUUCGAAUGGAUUGGCAAGUGUGUCACGUGACCGCUGGAAUGAUAUAUCGUCGUCUUGCGCACCUGCAUCGGGACCUGGCCCCGGCACUGGCACUGGCUCUGGCUCUGGACCUGGAAUUCUCUCUGCAUCAGGUGAUGGGACAACUGCGCAGCUGCAGCUCGAGGGGGGAGCAACCCCCAACCAAAAUGACGAAAAUAUGAUGGUGGCCCACGGGACGAACAAUGGCACGUGUAGUGGCGGCCCUGCUCCUGGAGAACAAUCGACAAUGCAGGCCUCCAUCGGACCUUUGGACAGGUUGGGAUCCCUCCGGUCAGCUGGGAACAUGGACACGGAUGUCAGUAGUUGGGGGUCUGGCGAGCUCCCACCUGCCGACGCUGGUUCAGGAGAUGGAAGGGGGAGCAGCGCUGCCGCGACAACGGCCACCGAUGUCCACAGAGAGCCUCGGUGUGAUGAUUCACAGGUCAUCCCAGGCCUAGACGAACUUCGGCUUGCUGAUGAAUGCCGGGCACUUAUGGAGGACCUGGGAAUCAACCCACACACGCUGAUGCAGGAGCUCAUGCUGCACCCUUGGGCCGGAAGACUUCCCAUUCGCAUUGGACCCCCGUCAUCGCGUUGGAAGCAUGUUAUACCCGCGCAUCUUCUACAGCAGGCAACCAGCCCUUCUGGCGGACAGCGCCCUGUCUAUCAUACUGCGUUCCAUGGUUCGGCGGAGCACCCGGAAGACAUGAUCACCGGCGAACCCUCCACUUCUUCUACCCCUCCAUCCUCCAGCCCGAAGCCCCUCCGCAGGAGGCCAUCUCCUCUAGUCAUACCUUCUUGCCCCAGUCCAGGUCCAGGGCCUUGACUCAAUGUAGGGAGGGGGGAUAGAAGACACAGUGAUUAAUAAAAUCACUCUCCAUCUAGAAGAGGCAAUGACGCAAUUGAGCUAUAAUGCACAUUGGUGCACAUGCAAAUGAUGCAAGCACAAAAAGGGCGAGAAAGCGGCGCUGGAAGCCGAGAAGAAUCAUGAUCAUGGAGACGCGCAAUUGUCCGUCGUCUGAGAAACAGAUAAGUGGUUCAUAACCUGCGCCGUGAACCCUUUUUACACAUGCUGGUGCUAAAAAUGAUGAACCUUGCAUCAGAAGUUGACAAGAUACAGAGGUGCAGAAGAGCUCCUCACCUGGAAUUGUGGAAAUGGGAGUGCAAGUAAGUACUAAGUACCUUCCAGAUGUGGCUGAAUGGCACAUACCUAUGACCAUUGAUAAGCAGAUGAGAGUUCAAAUCCAAUAAAGUUGGGGGCUACCCUCUCCAGGCUCUCCUUCCCAAAAAAGGAAACAAAAAACCAAAAAAAGGGGAAAUGGAGUUCUGUACUUAGCUGGGGAAAUUUGACUGGAAAUGGAGUCGGAGAGUUUGUGCGGCGAAAUUGUGUGCCUAAUUGGGGUAAGGUACAUUGUCUGCAACCACCGGCGCAUAAGAGGUAGAGACUCUCUCUACAGAGAUGAAGCUGAGUAAAUCUGAUGUGCAUUCACCCAGCAAGACAUUGAGACUCUUUGAGAGUAAUGAGUGAAAGCACACUUCAGGAAGUCUGGGAAAGAUGGAAUAGCGUGAAGAAAAGAACGGAUAAAGACAGAGUCGUCUGGUGUUUGUCCAGCUUAAUCUGAUGCGCAUUCGCACCACCAAGCCAUUGACAGCAGGCUAAGCAGCAAACACUUCAGAAGCUCGAUUACACUGGGAAGGUGGUGUGGUGUGAAGCAGGAAAGGAUGGCAUUUCGAAGAGUUGUUCGGAGUCUGUGCGGCUCAAUUACACUGGUGAGACAUUGAGAGCAAUGGAUGCUUUGCAGCUUCAGGAGCUCUCAAGAAGACAGUGCAGUGUGACGGAAAGGUUGUAGUGGGAAAGAGUCGGUCGGAGCUUGUGCAGCUUGAUAAGACAUGCGUUCACACCAGCGAGGCAUUGAGAUCUACGCAGCUUGAAAAAGAUGUGCGUUCACACCAGCAAGGCAUUGAGAUCUACACACGCUUCAGGAGCUCUUGGUGCAGUGUGAAGGAAAGGACGGAAUGAUGAGGAGUCGUUGCUCGGAUUUGAUGAUGCGCAUUCACACCAGCAAGACACAUUGAGAGCGGUGGACAGUUAACGAACUCUCCGGAAGAUCGUUUAUCGUGAAGGAGGGAGGAAUGGAGACACAGUUGUCAGGACCUCGUGGCGCUUAUGUUAUGUAUUCCUAUGCUCUUCUCUUGGGACGGCGGCGUACCGUCUUUACCUGAAUAGAACGCCCGGUCGUUAUCGUUGCAUCUGAACUAAAGAUGCUCCAAAUACAGCAGGCGUUAUAUUUUGGGUGGCGACGGUAGAAAAAGCCAGAGUCCCACAGAAGGGGCACUCUGAGAUGUGAUUUGCGAAAGGACGGGAGGAGCGAGUCUGUGCUGUCCUAGUUAGGAAUACUUGCCCUUUCAGGUAUUGUUUAUAGCUAGUGGGAAUCAUCACUCCCGAUAUGGUUCGGGGAAAGACGGACGGAUGGGUGACGACAGUGUGCGCUGUUCCAGUUAGCGUUUCACCACUUCCAGAAAGUUUCAAGUGUUGUUUGUAACAGCUAAAUAGUGAGGAAAUAAUAAUCCUCCCUUACUAUGCUAAUCAGACACAAAGUCUUUAAAAAAAAACAAAAAAAGACACAAAGU